AUGCUCCCCGCCUUCAGAGCCACCGCCCUCCGCACCCCCGCAGCCUUCAGGCCGGCCCUCGCAAUCACCCGCCCCCUCUCCAACACUGCCAUCGCCCUCCGCCCCUCAACCCCCACCUCCUCCAUCAACACCUACUCCCAUGCGCCUUCAACCACCCUUCCAGAAACCACCAUCGCCCAGCAAGGCAGCAAUCAGCUCAGUCUUGAGACACCGAGAAACGGAGCGGAAUAUGUCUUGUCAACUCUGGAUAAGGUCGUCAACUGGGGACGUCAAGGCUCCAUGUGGCCGAUGACGUUCGGUCUUGCUUGUUGUGCCGUCGAAAUGAUGCAUAUGGCCGCUGCUCGUUACGAUCAAGAUCGAUUGGGUGUGGUGUUCAGAGCGAGUCCUCGACAGAGUGAUAUCAUGAUUGUCGCUGGUACCUUGACCAACAAGAUGGCUCCUGCCCUCAGAAAAGUUUACGACCAGAUGCCUGAACCACGAUGGGUCAUUUCCAUGGGCUCGUGUGCCAACGGUGGUGGCUACUAUCACUACUCCUACUCGGUCGUGCGAGGUUGUGACCGUGUUGUCCCCGUUGACAUUUACGUACCUGGCUGCCCCCCGACCGCCGAGGCUCUUCUCUACGGGAUGCUUCAAUUGAUGCGCAAGAUGAGGCGUAACAGGCAGAGUGUUCGAUGGUACAGAAGGUAG